AUUAUAUGAGCAUUGCUGCUCACCUUGGCUUUCUUGCAGCUUUGCCCGAAAGUACUUAGGCAAUAACCAGUAUUUAGGGGUACUCAUCUGCUUUCUUGGCGGGCAAAAAAGCUAUUUUUAGCAUAAAAUUAAGACACUUUUGAAGAUUAGUACAAAACCAGUUGGUUCCUCUAUACAAGGGCUUUCCUGUAGUUUGUAGUGAUAAGGAAUAUGUUUUUUUCCACUUCUGCGUACCAAAGAAGUUUAAAACAAAUUUGAACUGCUUUGUGGACACAAUUCCUGAACUGUUCCCUACCAGAAGAGAGACCUUAACCAGCACGUGUGCACCUGUCGGAGUCCGCUCGCUACAUUCCCUCUUUGGGCAUAUUAAGAUCUCAGUAGCUGACUUACAAAGCAUUGCCAAUGUGAAGUAUCGGAAGAGUAUCAUCUGAAACUUUCUGGGACGACACAGACUGUUUUAUUAUCUGGUAUUCUUUGAUUUUAAUAAGUGAAGAAGAGCCUCGAAGUAUUGUGAGUAAAGACGAGGAUUUCUCCUCCUAUCCAGGGCCUGUCAUGGAUGAAGAGACUCAGCACAGCCUUGAAUGCAUCCAGGCUAAUCAGAUUUUUCCCAGGAAGCAGCUGAUCCGAGAGGAUGAGAACCUUCAGGUCCCGUUCAUUGAACUUCAUGGUGAGAGUACAGAGUACGUGGGACGAGCGGAGGAUGCCAUCAUUGCACUUUCUAAUUACAGGCUUCACAUCAAAUUCAAGGAGUCUGUUGUGAAUGUCCCGUUGCAGCUGAUAGAAAGCGUUGAGUGCCGUGAUAUAUUUCAGCUUCAUUUGACUUGCAAAGACUGCAAGGUUAUAAGGUGUCAGUUUUCUACUUUUGAGCAGUGUCAAGACUGGCUGAAGCGACUGAACAAUGCCAUCCGCCCUCCUUCGAAGAUAGAAGACCUCUUCUCCUUCGCCUAUCACGCUUGGUGCAUGGAGGUGUACGCCAGCGAAAAGGAACAGCAUGGGGAUUUGUGUCGGCCAGGAGAACAUGUAACUUCAAGGUUUAAAAAUGAAGUGGAACGGAUGGGUUUUGAUAUGAACAAUGCCUGGAGGAUUUCCAACAUCAAUGAGAAGUACAAGCUCUGUGGCAGUUACCCCCAGGAAAUCAUCGUUCCUGCCUGGAUCACGGAUAAAGAGCUCGAGAGUGUGGCAAGCUUUCGGUCCUGGAAGCGUAUCCCUGCUGUUGUGUACAGGCACCAGAGCAAUGGAGCAGUUAUUUCCCGCUGUGGCCAGCCCGAGGUCAGUUGGUGGGGCUGGAGGAAUGCAGAUGACGAACACCUUGUCCAGUCCGUAGCCAAAGCCUGCGCCUCAGAUUCGAGGUCCAACGGUAACAAAUUAAUGAAUGGCAAUUGUUCCAGAGAUUUCUCCAAUGGAGGGGAUCUCUCCGAUGUGGAAUUUGACUCCUCGAUCUCCAAUGCUUCAGGAGCAGAGAGUUUGGCAAUCCAGCCUCAGAAGCUUUUGAUCUUAGACGCGCGAUCUUACGCUGCGGCGGUGGCCAACAGAGCCAAAGGUGGAGGCUGUGAGUGCCCAGAGUAUUACCCAAACUGUGAAGUAGUGUUCAUGGGGAUGGCAAACAUUCAUUCUAUCCGGAAGAGCUUUCAGUCGCUGCGUUUGCUCUGCACGCAAAUGCCGGAUCCAGGAAAUUGGUUAUCAGCUCUGGAAAGCACCAAAUGGCUGCAGCACUUGUCCGUGCUCCUGAAAUCCGCGCUACUCGUGGUCCAUGCCGUGGACCGAGACCAGCGACCCGUCUUGGUGCACUGCUCGGACGGCUGGGACCGAACCCCCCAGAUCGUGGCACUGGCCAAACUGCUGCUAGAUCCCUAUUACAGGACCACAGAGGGUUUCCAGGUGCUAGUGGAGACGGAGUGGCUGGAUUUUGGCCACAAGUUUGCAGAUCGCUGUGGCCAUGGUGAGAAUUCGGAUGACCUAAAUGAGCGCUGCCCAGUGUUUUUACAGUGGCUGGACUGCGUCCAUCAGCUCCAGAGGCAGUUCCCUUGCUCUUUCGAGUUUAACGAAGCAUUCCUUGUGAAACUGGUGCAGCACACCUACUCUUGCCUCUUUGGUACAUUCCUGUGCAACAAUGCGAAAGAGAGAGGAGAGAAACACACUCAGGAACGGACCUGUUCUGUCUGGUCUUUGCUGCGGGCAGCAAACAAAGCCUUCAAAAACCUGCUCUACUCCUCCCAGUCCGAAUCUGUGCUGUACCCGGUGUGCCAUGUGCGGAAUCUGAUGCUCUGGAGCGCUGUUUACCUGCCGUGCUCUUCCCCCUCCACACCCGCUGAUGACACCUGCGCCCCGUACCCCGUUCCAGGCUCUAGCCCUGAAGAUCAGCCUCUGGGCAGGUUACCAAAGACAAGAUCGUUUGACAAUCUGACGACAGCCUGUGAUAGCAGCGUGCCUCCAACCAAUCGUCGCAGCAGCGACCCCAGCCUCAAUGAGAAGUGGCAAGAGCACCGCCGCUCGCUGGAGCUGAGCGGCCUCGGCAGCCCCGGGGACGAUGCCUUCGACGGAGACAGCCUGGGCAAACAGGGCAGGGCUCCAGUGGGAGCAGAGCUCUCUGUUGCCGCUGGUGUGGCAGAGGGACAGAUGGAGAACAUUUUGCAAGAGGCCACUAAAGAUGACGUUGGCCUGGAGGAGCACUUAAGGGGUAGCCUGGAGGCAGGAGGGAAAGGGGAUGACACUGCCCUGGAUAAGGAGAAGAGAACUGAAAAUCUACAUCUCUGUGAGAAGGCUGAGGCGGAUAAAGGUAUUGUAACGAACAAUCCAGUAUCCAAUCCACAUCCAGUUUCACAAGGUGCUUCUGAGCUUAAAGGACAACAGGAUGAGCACGCUGAUCUCAGUAACGCUCUCCAGAAGUUACCUCAGGUGAGAGGACUACAGGCGGCUCCUUUGGAGGGCUCGGUAAAUAGAGACGCUCAAAAGCAUACAGAGGAGGAAGGUGUUAGCAAACUUGAAGGAGAAGCAGAGAGCCUGUCCCACGCAGCGCAGGCCAGCCUUCCCUUACCUCUUACAAUCCCGCAUGAGGCGAGAACAUCCAACAUUGAAAGUUCUACGGAAACCUUGACAGAGAAUGAAGCAAAGCAAGAGCUCGUCCCAAAGGGCCCUUGCCAUAGACCUCACCCGCUCGACAACAGUGCUGACGGACUUUCUCGAACUAUUGACAAUAGGCCGGAGGGGGAGAGCAUGCUAGAACUUCAAAAACUGGGAACAAAAGUACAUAGGACUUCUGGUGGCAGCAACACACACAUCCCGAUGCCUUCCCCUUGUGCCUUGCCUUUAGCUGAAUGUAAAGGUGAGAUUGUGUGUAACGGAGAGCUGGAGCCCGAGAACAAGAUGACGGAGAAGCCUGCGGGGUUUAGUAUCACCCAAAAAUACCACGCGACGAACGGGCACUGUGUGAACGGAGAGGACGGCCGGAUCAAAGCCUCUCUGAGCCGGCAGGUCUCCACAGCUAGCUGUAGCUCUGCGCAGUUUCACUUGAGGAACUUGCACCAAAAAUGGAUGUUUAGUCCCCUUGGAAAGCAGCAGGCAGCCAGCAGCCCAGACCAACCCGCCAGAAGCCACCUGGACGAUGAUGGGAUGCCCGUCUACACUGACGUUAUCCAGCAGCGCCUGCGCCAGAUAGAAACUGGCCAUCAGCAAGAAGUGGAGACCUUGAAGAAGCAAGUGCAAGAGUUGAAGAGCCGGUUGGAGAGCCAGUUCCUGAAUAGCUCCUUGCGUCUCAACGGUGAUUAUGGAGACGAAGUGACUUCCAUACCCGACUCGGAAAGCAAUCUGGAUCAGAACUGCUUGUCUCGCUGCAGCACAGAGAUUUUCUCUGAAGCCAGCUGGGAGCAGGUGGAUAAACAGGACACAGAGGUGACGCGAUGGCUUCCGGACCACCUGGCGGCACACUGCUAUGGCUGUGACAGUACCUUCUGGCUCGCCAGUCGGAAGCACCACUGCAGGGACGUUGAACGUGUUGAUCAGAUCUGGAAUUGUGGAAACGUGUUCUGCUCCAGUUGCUGUAACCAGAAGGUGCCCGUUCCCAGUCAGCAGCUCUUUGAACCCAGCAGAGUCUGCAAAUCCUGCUACAGCAGCUUGCACCCGAGCAGUUCCAGCCUGGAUCUCGAACUGGACAAACCCAUCACUGCCACGUCGAAUUGAAGUCCCAGCCUCCACGCAGCGGGGGAGCAGCCGGUGCCGACUCUUCCCCCGCUCCCAGACAGGCGGAUUCUCGGUGGGCCGAGGCUGGGAGGACGCGGGAGCCGUGCACUUUGGAGGUUGGGGCGUGGAACGCCGCUCGGCGGGACAGAGCUGGAGGACGUACCGCUGGAUCCUGGGAUUCUCCUUUUCCAGCUAUUCCCCCUUUCCUUUCGGUCCUAUCUGUGUGUAUGUGUCUACGCGUGUGUGUGUAUAUAUAUAAUAUAUAUAUAUAUGUUCGUUUGUUUGCUGGAAGACUGGGGAAGUGGGAAGGGAGCUGGCGCCAGAACCAGAUUUCCCGUUGGCAUUUAAGUGUCCCACUGCUGAACUGUUGCAGACAGACGAUUUUGCGGAGGAAAGAAGAAGAGGGGACUCGGUCCAGCCAGUGCGCGGAGCGUGAAUUCCUGUAGCGUCGGCGCUAGUGCUUUCAAUCACUCCUCUCACUUCCAAACAAAGACACUGCUGUUUGGGAACCUGUUGCUGCUAGAAGAAAUGGGAAUCUCCUUCCCAAGAGAGCACUCUCCCCCUCUGUUCUUAGAGUGGGCUUUAGUUAUCCUCGCUGCGGGAUAGGGGGAAUUGGGCUGGGAUUUCCGUGCUGGGCGGUUCUGUCCCUGCACACACACAAUCGAGGUGUUCCGUUGCCAUCGGGCCCCUCCGCGGUGCCUCCCGGUGGGAAAGACCUGUAGAAGGCUGGGAAAGGGAAGUGGGCGCCUGUUAGCAAGAGGCGAGAAGGGGAUGGAACAGGCCGCCCAGCUGAGGGGCUUUACCCUGGCGCCGCUCUCUGAAGCCGUCUAAAUGCAAUUAAUUAUUUAAAAUCGAGUGGGAAAGUAGAAGACCUUGGACUUGUGUCCCUGCCCUGCCUGUGGGAUGGUUCGCUGGACACGGAGCUACUUCUGGAGCGGUGCGCUUGGCACGGCUCGCACACACAGGCCGUCGCGCCGGUGUCGAGACUCGCACUUUAAUGAGACGAUCCAAACCAACGAACGAGCAACUGCGAUCCGCCGGUGUUCUCGCUGGGCUCGGCCCGUGAGCCGUGCGCUGGUGCUUGUCGUGCUCCCGGGAUGUCCCCUCCUUUUCCAGUCUGCGUUCGGUGUACUCCGGAUAGGAAAAACCUGCCCGAGGAUUUUAUAAAGACCUACAACACAUCAUGGCUUCCCCUUCUUCCUUCUGUCCCAAUCCCAGUCGCUUUUAAGGUCACCUCAUUAAAGUGUGAAUCUCUUGCAAAUCGGGUUUGUAAUGAGCGUUAGGUACUCGUCCCCGUUUCCUUUCGAUAGAGGCUGCUUAGUGCGCUUUGGCGAGGAGGAGAUGGAGCUCCCGCGUCACGGCGCGUCGCCUGGACGAAGUUACAGCUUCUCGCGUGACGCUCUCAAGAACAAAAAUCCUGCUGGAGUGUUGGAGAGUUUUAAACGCAAAAGCUCAAAAUGUAAGAACCCUUGGGAAAAGGAGCGCUUCCCUUCCCCGGAAUGUCAGGAUCGCGUGAUCCAAAGCGAGUAUCCCACAGAGAAAACCAUCUCGGAAUAUUUGUUAGGUCUGAUGGGGAAAAGAAAUGUCGAGGUGUUUUAUUUUUUGGCUUUGAGCUUCCCCCGCCCUUUGCAGGGACCGUUAGCGCUGCUGCGGCGUAAGCUGAAGAUUCCCAAAACAGAACUGAAUGUCCAGGAGGCCGGUUCAGCGGAGCAGCCCCUCUCCUUACGGGAAGGGCUCCGGUAACGGAGCGUCUUGGCUUCUCCCCGGCUACGGGCUUUGAAACGUUUUUCAAACCAUCGGGAGGGAAGAGCAAAGCGAACGAUGGGGUUCUUCAGUCGAGUUGUACCUGGAGGUCUUUGUUCCUAAAGCCGCGCGGCGACUGGCCGGGAUAGAACCGUAGCCAUCGCUGUUGCCGGUGCGGCGGAGGCGGCCGGAGCGGGGAAAGGACGGUGCACGGCCCCCGACUCUGGCUGUCCCGGGGCGGGGGGGCCAUUAGAGGUGUGACGUGGGGGGCCGGGGGUAGUUUGCGCACUGACGUCGUGUGGGCCCGUGGUGCGAAUAGACGGUCGAAAACUUAAGCCUGAGAUUCUGCAGUUGCUAAUGACAGGUGCCAAGAGGUUCUGAUACGGGUUUUCGGGGUCUGUGAUGUACAGUGUGAAUAAAUGCUUGCAGCUCUUAGUCUUUUUUUGAUCGAUGAAGCACUUUUUUUAUUAAUAUUAUUUUUCUUUGUAUGUAAAGGAGGAACCAGUAUCUCUCCAUAGCUGUAUAUAUAACCCUUCUCUCCUCAAGAGAGUAAAGUGCUCCUAUAUUUUUCAUUUUUGUCAAAGCGAGAAGUAAAUACUUUAGAAUUGUUAAAUAUAUAAAUAAAAGUGAAUAAAGUUUAGACUUUUGCAUGGGAGCAUUUGCUAACA